UUUAUUCGGAACAUGAGCUUAAAUUUCGUGAAUCUGUUGGAUCCAAGUGCAAAUCAGUUAUAUUUUUUGCUUUAGAUGGAUCCUUAUGCUUUGAAGCAAAAGCAAUCUUACCAACCAAUAGUAGGCAAAAUUGGGGAUCAAUACUUUAUGGUAUUGAUAGAGAUAAGUUUAGUUUUGAUAACAGUGAUAUUGAGAAAGGAAAUUAUAUUAAUGAUAGCAUAUAUUCAAGCAUAUACAAACUAUUGAUAGAUGCUGGGAAACGAGUCGUUUCUUUAAUUGGAUGGCAAUAUUUCCAUUCUGGACUUCUUGAAAAGAAUGUUGUUGAUUCUAUUUUCAUAUACACACCGUUAGAAGAUGAGAAUUUAUAUCAUGUAGAGAUGUUAAAAACAAAACAUGAAUGUUGGGUUUUUAAGCAUGAUGAAUAUGUUGUGAAUAAAUUUAAAGAGAUCAUUUCGACAGAUGAAUUCGCAAAUAUUAGUCUUUUUGUUAUUCAUCUUACAGAU